UUUCUCCCUUUUCAAAGAUUUGAAUGAAAACUGUGCCUCAGUGUUUUGUUGUGCUCAGAGGGGGGAGGAGUCUGAUUGGUCAGGAUCCCUCUUGCGGUGGACCAAUGCUCGCACGCCUCCCGCCCACCGCCCCGCCUCCCGUGCUCCUCUGGGGGCUACCGUCCUGACGUGUGAUUGGCCGGGGUGGGCGGAGCCAGCCGUGAUAUUAAAGGCUGUCCCGUCUGCUUCACUUCAGUGUUGAAGAGAGUCCACGUCUGUGUGUGUGUGUGCGCGUGUGUGUGUGUGUGUGUGUGUAUGUGGAUGUUUUUCUUUCAUCACACGGACGACACAUGAUUCUAACUGAGCCUGGACACUGUUUUUUAAACCCUUCUCCAGGACCAGGACUGUGGGGGAUCUGAUCUGCUUUUAGUUCUGUGACCACAGCUGGACUGAAGUGGACGGUCAUUGUGACGGGGGAUUGUUGUCCACCAGACCUGCGUCCAUCAGAUCAGCUGCACUGUGGCUGACCGCUGACCCUGAAUUCUGGGUCAGUCCUGAGCUAAUAAAUGUGGUCUGGCAGGACCUGAUGUGGAAUUUGACCCCGACUGACCCUGUCCGACAAGUAGCCUUCCACUGAGCCCACUCUUGGUUAAAACAGAAGGAUAAAGGAGCGAGAAAAGAAAGGAGAGAAGUGAGAAGAGGAGCAGCAGCAGCAGCAGCAGCAGCAGCAGCAGCAGCACAGUCACCGCUCCUCCAGGAUGCCGGUGGAGACGCUGCGGCCGUCAGACGGUCGCCUGGCCGGGGUUCCCUUCACCUCCUCCAUGCCCUUCAGGAUACUUAACAAGGGCCCCGGUUACUUCCGUCGCCAGGCUGAGCCCGGCGCCCGUAAACUGAGCGCGGUGGAGCGUCUGGAGGCCGACAAGGCCAAGUACGUGAAGAGCCAACAGGUGGCGCUCAACCGCCAGGCUCCCAUCAAACCACCGAUCAUCCGCAAGCCUCUCGUUCCCCCGGGGAUGAUGCUCCAGUGUCAGGUCAGCUCUCCUCCUGCUCGCAAAGUUCCCAACUGCCAUGCGGACGUAGAGAACCGAGGAGGCCGAGAGGGAGCGGGCGGGAGGAGAGCACCCGCCCUGAACUUGGACAUUCUGAAUAAUUUAAUCAACGACGUUCACGACGGACCGAGUUCCCAGUCGUCGUCCUCCACCUCGCCCUCCUCGUCAUCUCCUUCGUCGGGAGCGAAGAGCAUCAGCAGCAGUUUGUCAGCGGAGCAGGAGAGGAGCAGCCGACUGCUCAACCACCUGAAACCUUUGAACCGCGGCACUGCCACCACCUCCUCCACCACCACCACCUCCUCCUGCACAUCCUCCCCGCUCAGUAACGUUCUCCGGACUCCUGCGGGGGAACUCCCCCGCCGUCCGCCCCCUGUUCCUGCCCGAGCGCCGCGCACCGUGGUUCCGGCGCCUUACAGUUCCCCCAACUCAGUGACAGUACGCAGGGUGGAUGUUCGGCCUCAGGCUGAGAUCAGGAAGCCACAGAGAGCCCAACUGAAGCCCCAGAUCAGGCCCAGACAGACUCCACAGGGGCAGGUUCCUCACCCCCAGGUUCCACCACCUCCUCCACCCACACACACUCAGCCCCAGCAGAACACUGCCUCCCAGACUCUGCCCUCCUCUCCCGCUUAUCUGCCCCCCAGCCCCAUGCUGGUCCGAGCAGGUAUGAUCCCACCGGCCUCCCCCGCUUUCACCCGCAUGUCCAACGCCAGCUCCAAGGGUUCAGCGCGUAAGCACCCGUCCUUGCACCGCUCCAAGUCGGACCUGAGCGACCGCUACUCGCGCGCGACGGCCGACCUGGAGCGGUUCUUCAACUACUGCGGGCUGGACCCGGGCGAGGUGGACGGCAUGGGCGGCGUGGAGCGCUUCACCCGGGCCAACUCGGACAUCGUGUCGGUCUCCAAGCUGCGCAGCGUCAGCACGCCCAGCUCGGAGUGCGGGGACGAGGCUGACCGUGCGAGGGAGGACGAGGACGGCGAGGACGGGCCGGCGAGGGCCGGCGAGCGCGUGCCCUACGGCAUCUCCGUCAUCGAGAGGAACGCCAGGGUCAUCAAGUGGCUGUACGGCAUCCGUCAGGCGCGCGACACUAACAGUGCCGUCUCUAACGUAUAAACUCACGGGGGCUUGAAGGGACUUAAGCUGAACUCCUCUUUUUGUACGAAAACACGUGUCUUGUAUUUCCACGAAGGCUCAGGUCAGGACAGACGGAUGGAUGGACGAUACAUUUCCCCCUCUUUUCUCUGUCACCUGAUCUUUUAAAGCAAUAUUGGUAUUUGAAAGCAAUAAUAGACUUAAAUGAUUUAAAUGAUGAAA